ACAAGGCUUGGACAGUAUACAGAAGGAGCCUCAAAAUGUCGGCGUCUGAGUUUGAAUCUCUGGAGAAGACAUUGGAGAAACAUAUUCCAGAUCUGGAACUGAAAGAAGUUAAACGAAUCUUGUUUGGAAAAGAAACCAAGAAGUUGGUUCUACCAGCAUGUGCAGUGGAGGCAGCUUUGGAGUGCGACUUUGAGCUUCAGGGGUACAUGUUUGAAGCUUCCACGGAGCAGCUCAGGACCCCGAGAACUGUCCGGGUGGGCCUCAUUCAAAACCGCAUCGUCCUGCCCACUGAUGCCCCUGUCCUGGAUCAGAUCACAGCGCUCCACAAAAGGAUUGGUGAGAUGGUGGAUGUGGCGGCCAUGUGUGGGGUCAACAUUGUCUGCUUUCAGGAGGCCUGGACUAUGCCCUUUGCUUUCUGUACCCGGGAGAAAGAACCGUGGACAGAAUUUGCUGAGUCUGCAGAAGAAGGAUACACUACCCGCUUCUGCCAAGAGCUGGCAAAGAAAUACAAUAUGGUAGUGAUAUCGCCCAUUUUGGAGCGAGAGGAGGUACACAACGUUCUGUGGAACACGGCAGUAGUGGUCUCUAACUCGGGCAGCGUGCUGGGUAAAACCAGGAAGAAUCACAUUCCCCGAGUGGGAGACUUCAACGAGUCCACAUAUUACAUGGAGGGAAACACUGGCCACAAAGUGUUUCAGACUCAGUUUGGAAAGAUUGCUGUGAACAUCUGCUAUGGGCGCCAUCACCCUCUCAACUGGUUCAUGUACAGCAUGAAUGGAGCAGAGAUCAUCUUCAACCCUUCUGCAACUGUUGGAGGACUCAGUGAGCCCAUGUGGUCAAUCGAGGCUAGGAAUGCAGCUAUAGCAAACCACUGCUUCACCUGUGGAAUCAACCGUGUUGGGACAGAGCACUUUAACAAUGAGUUCACCUCUGGGGAUGGAAAAAAAGCUCACCAAGAUUUUGGGUACUUCUAUGGGUCAAGCUAUGUGGCUGCUCCGGAUGGCAGCCGCUCACCAGGCCUGUCCAGAACCCGUGACGGACUCCUUGUGACCGAAAUGGACCUCAACCUGACCAGGCAAAUCAGUGACAAAUGGAGUUUUAAGAUGACUGGGAGGUAUGCAGAGUAUGCAGAGGAGCUCACCAGGGCCACCAAGCAGGACUUCAAACCCAACAUUAUCAAGGAGUAGAAGAUCCAUGUGUCCUGAAGGGACCUCUACAUGGAGACAUGCUGCACUGUAGACCGUAUCUCAAUGAGGAGAUGAAGUCACUGUUGAGGCAGACAUGUCUAGUGCCAUCAAGAGUAUGAACAGACCAAGUCAGCCAUGAACUAAACCAAAUUAUUUGUUCAAAUUAUUUUAUUGAUUACAGUAUGUAAUUUGAUUUUUUUUAUUUGUUUUUAAUUUAAGUUAGCCAUUUUAACACAUAACAUGCUCAUAACAAAUACACAACCAGGAAUACAUUGUCUUCCCACCCAUUUAUAGAUUGGGAAAAUAUCUUAUGUUAAAAUAUAAAUUAAAUAAUACAUAAUUAUGGCUGGUAUAAAUACCAUAGUGCAAUAUCAUCCAUGGUACCAACAUGUAAAAAUAAAUGUUGAAUGAGAAUU